CGUCGAUAGUAAUGGUCUUUUCUCCCGUUGGUGCACACAGUCAAUUGAUGAAAUGUUCCGUGGACAUAAUAGCUGCUCGAUUGUAAAAAAUCCAUGAAAUUUAUUUAUUCAUUUGUUCUACUCAAAAUUCUUGGUUGGUUAUUUUUCGAAAACUUCUAUCAGUUCUGAAUUAAGUUUCUCAUUUUAUUUCCGAAAUGAAACCUAGAAUUUUGUGUUUCUCAUCUUAUUCUGUGUUUGUCUUCAUUAUAAAUGUGUCUAUUGAUUUCGUUCAUACUCAGCCAACUAUAGAUUUUAAUUAUCACAAUUAUGAUGAAAUGACUACAAUUCUAAACAAAAUUCAUCUUAUUUAUCCACAUCUAACUUCACUUUACUCCAUAGGAAAAUCUGUGCAAGGUCGAGAACUGUGGGUCAUGUUAAUCAGUAGUGAUACAAAUUCCGAUAUUUUAAUGAAGCCAAACGUCAAAUACAUUGGAAAUAUGCAUGGAAAUGAGGCUGUUGGUCGGGAAAUGUUACUUCAUCUGAUUCUGUAUUUGCUAACACACUACGAAUCUGAUCGCUACGUCAGGUAUCUUGUUGAAAAUACAAAAAUUCAUAUAUUACCUUCCAUGAAUCCUGACGGGUUUGAGAUGUCAAAAGAGGGUCAAUGUCAUGGAAGCGUUGGAAGAGGGAAUGCUCAUGGACGUGAUCUUAAUCGCAACUUCCCUGACUACUUCACACCAAGAGAUACUCUUCCUGAGCCUGAAACUCGAGCGAUUCAAGAAUGGAGUCGGAAAACACCUUUCAUCUUAUCAGCUAAUCUGCAUGGAGGUGCUUUAGUUGCGAGUUAUCCAUUCGAUAAUUUUCCUCAAGGAACCUCACGUAAAUCAGUACGAAACUCACCAGCACCUGAUGAGGAUGUUUUCCUCCAUCUGGCCAAAAUAUACUCAUUCAACCAUCGGGUUAUGCACCAAGGAAAACCCUGUCCAGGUCUUGGAGAGACUAGCGGAUUCCCCAACGGAACCACCAAUGGUGCUCAUUGGUAUCCACUUGUUGGUGGAAUGCAGGAUUACAGUUACAUUUGGGAAGGAUGCAUGGAGUUGACAUUGGAACUAUCGUGUUGUAAACAUCCAUAUAGUCACGAAUUGUCCCAAUUCUGGUUCGAUAACAAGCAAGCACUUUUAACUUAUUUGGGUGAGGCUCAUCGAGGAGUAAGAGGUCUGGUCAAAGAUAUUCAUGGAAACGUAGUUUCAAAGGCUUUAUUCAUGGUGAAAGGGCGGAACAUCUCAUUCAAAAGUUCAGAUAAAGGGGAAAUCUGGCGAAUUCUUCUGCCUGGUACUUAUACCAUUGAAGCAAAAGCUGAAGGAUACGAACCAAUGAGUAAAACUUUUACCGUUCAAGAAGGAGAAAUCACCGAAAUCUACUUUAAAUUAACGCCAAAUGAACCUAGAAAAACAAUAUUAUCAUUAUUGAUGCCAGAAUCUUCGUUGUCUGAACCUCGACCUUUGCUAAAUGAAACUCUGUUUUUCCCCGAUCAACUGGUCCCAUAUGAGCGAUCGCCUUCACUAAUUCACGAAGGGAAAGGUUAUUCAAGAUUCAAUCGUUGGGUCAGCAGUCUGGGAUAGAGUCUAAGCUACCGUAGAUGCAUCAAUCAAUAGACUAUUUAUUAAUUAAUCACCAAAAAUCAAGCAAAAAUACAUGUUACAAAUGAAUUGAAUAAUAUGAAAGAAAAGUUUAUGUAAAUAAUGGUCCAAAUAAUUAUGUGAUAUUCAACCAAUCAAAUGAGUAGAAUAUUGACAAAAAACAAUAAUCUAAAGUGUUUCAAGUAUUGGAUUGAAUAACAUCAUCAACGGUGAUUAAUGAACAUCUUCAACAAUAAACUGAAUUCAAUUAAAUCCCAAAGUGGAUUCAAUGGAUUCAGUGGACUUGAAACAAUUUAUUUUUAAACACAGAAAAUUGUUACCUAUUGGUCAUUGAUUAUCAAUCAUAAAUAAUGGAUUUUAUUGAUUGACCAUCAAAGCUAUUAUUUGAUAGUUUUAGUCUUCCGGUUGUAACAUAUAAUUAAUUUGUUAAAUGUUCAGUGUGGAUAAUCAAACUUAUUAGUCCCAAUUUCAAAUUAGUGCAAGAGGUGAAUCAGUUAGAAACUAAUUAAAACGACUAGAUUGUAAAUUGUAUUUAUAAGUCAAUUAUUCAAACAUUAUGUAGAUUCAAGUUAAUUAAUUUCUAGUUCAAGUUCUUUGAGACAUUGAUUAACUGAAGUUACUCAAUGAUUAACCAUUACUCAAAUUUAUCCAAUUAUUUUACACUAAUUACACUUCAUAGGUUAACUCUGUUAACCUCAAUUGCGAUCUUAAUAAACGAAUUGGUCUUAAAUCCUCUUUGUGUAACUAGAAUACUAUU